CAGCAGUCCAGCCACCCAAAUUCUUUCUCCCCCCUCAAAAAAUAUCUCCUACAAGAAAUCACAGUAAACUCUCUCUCUAGAAGAAACUACAGAAACAUGAAGUCGAAGGAGACACAAUGAAAGCCUCUUUAAUAAAAAUCUGACACAGAAACAAAGCAAAGUUUACAUAGCUUAUUGAGCCAUGUCGCUUGAAGACUCGUUAAGAUCUCUCUCACUAGACUAUCUUAACCUACUGAUCAACGGUCAAGCUUUCAGUGAUGUAACCUUCAGUGUGGAGGGUAGAAUCGUCCAUGCGCACCGUUGCAUCUUGGCAGCUCGAAGCCUCUUCUUCAGGAAGUUCUUUUGCUCCGACUCUCCAACAGGGUCCAGAUCCGAACCGUUAGGGUCAAGAAUGGGACCCGCUUCACCAAGAGACACAACGGGUGGUUCACAGGUUGUUAUUCCUGUGAACUCUGUUGGGUAUGAAGUGUUCUUGCUUAUGUUGCAGUUCUUGUACAGUGGUCAGGUCUCUAUUGUACCUCAAAAACAUGAACCCAGACCUAAUUGUGGUGAGAGAGGGUGUUGGCAUACACAUUGCACUUCAGCCGUUGAUCUUGCUCUUGAUACACUUGCUGCCGCUAGAUCAUUUGGGGUUGAGCAGCUUGUUGUGCUUACUCAGAAGCAAUUAGCAAUCAUGGUUGAGAAAGCUUCUAUUGAGGAUGUGAUGAAGGUCCUUUUAGCUUCAAGAAAACAAGACAUGCAUCAACUAUGGACAACUUGUUCUAAUCUAGUUGCAAAAUCUGGUCUUCCACCUGAAAUUCUAGCUAAACAUAUUCCCAUUGAUAUCGUGGCGAAAAUCGAAGAACUCCGACUCAAAUCAUCCUUCUCUCGCCGUUCUCACAUGCCACACCACCACCAUCACCACCACCACCACGACCUAUCGGUAGCAGCCGAUCUUGAAGAUCAAAAAAUUCGACGAAUGAGACGAGCACUGGAUUCAUCAGAUGUGGAGCUUGUUAAGCUCAUGGUGAUGGGUGAAGGGUUAAAUCUUGAUGAAGCAUUAGCAUUACAUUAUGCGGUUGAAAAUUGCAGCCGCGAGGUGGUGAAAGCAUUGCUUGAAUUAGGUGCUGCCGAUGUGAAUUAUCCGGCGGGACCAGUUGGGAAAACCCCGCUCCACGUGGCUUCGGAGAUGGUCUCGCCGGAUAUGGUCGCAGUAUUACUGGACCAUCACGCGGACCCUAAUGUUAGAACCAUUGAAGGGAUCACACCACUUGAUAUCCUCCGAACCCUAACAUCCGAUUUCUUGUUUAAAGGGGCGGUUCCCGGGUUAACUCAUAUCGAACCGAAUAAGCUCAGACUUUGCCUUGAGUUGGUUCAGUCAGCUGCAUUGGUGAUCUCCAGAGAAGAAGGAAAUGCAGCUUCGAAUUCGACACAUAUGUAUCCACAAAUGAACGAAGAUCAUAGUUCAAGUAAUAGUGGGAAUGUUGGUAGUUUGAAUCUUGAUUCAAGAAUGGUUUAUCUGAAUCUUGGAGCAGCACAAGGAGGAAGAGAAGAUCAUCAUCAUCGACAUGGUUCUUCACAAGGAGGAUGUGACACAUCAAUGUACCACCAUCCUCAUCAUGAGUAUUAGGUCAACUAUCUUUAUAUAUUUAUCUUUUUUUAUCCUUUAUGAUCUUGGAUCAAAUUUAUAUAUAUUUAUCCAUGAAGUGAUGAGAUUGAUCAUGCACAAAUUAAUUAAUCAACCAAAAGAACACAUUCAUGGGUA